CUGCCGUGCGGCGAGGAAAGUGUCGUGAAAGGGGUCGGGCACACGAGGCGCCCGCCAGGGUGGUGCGGCCCCAUGUGGCGGGGUGCGGCGGCUGCGCUGCUGUGCCUGGGGGCCGCCUGCCUUCUGGGCCGCGGGUUCGAUCCCCGCGCCUGGCUGCUGCCGCCGCCGCCCCGCGGCCGCCUGCUGAGCGUCGCCGAGCUGGCCCGGUACCGGGGCGCUGCGGGCGAACCCGGGCUCUACCUCGCCGUGCUGGGCCGCGUGUUCGACGUGGAACGCGGCCGCAGGCACUACGGCCCAGGCGGCGCCUACAGCGGCCUCGCAGGGAGAGAUGCCACCAGAGCGUUUGCCACCGGUGACUUCACACCAGCGGGGCUGGUGGACGAUGUCUCAGCGCUGUCGCCCGGCGAGAUGCUCGCCAUCCAGAGCUGGCUGUCCUUCUACAGUGACAGCUACAACCCCGUGGGGAAGCUUGUGGGCAGAUUCUAUGAUGAAGAUGGGGCACCAACAGAAGCCUUAAGGCAGGCUGAGGCUGCGAUAGAGGAGGCUCUCAAGUUCCAAGCAGAAAGUGAGCAGAGGAAGCAGCAGUUCCCACCCUGCAACUCUGAAUGGAAUUCUGCUAAGGGCAGCCGAUUCUGGUGCUCCAGACAGAGUGGGGGAGUGAAGAGAGACUGGACUGGAGUCCCUCGGAAGCUGUACCAACCUGGUUCGCGGGGGAGUCACUGCGUGUGCGUGAGGACUACUGGUCCCCCGUGGGGCUGGCCGGCCUCCAGUGAGCACAACAACCGCGGCGAUCUGGAUAACCCUCACCUGGAGGAAUACGAGGGCUGCCAUCCGCUGGCCGAGCAGUGUGUCCUGAAGGUGUGACUGACUCCAGGGGGGCAGAGUCCUGCAGCCAAACAUCGCACUUUGAGGGGGCAGCUCCGGCUCCGUUCCAUCUGUGCAAAGGCAGCAAUUAACAAUUCAUGUUGCUCGUGACUCUCUUAAUGUGCGGAGCUGGAGAUGAAAUGGAGGAAAUACUUUAGCCAAGUUAGUGGCUAAAAAGCAGUAACAGGGUAUGUACUUUAUUCCUAUGGUAUGUUUACAUCUGGCAACAAAUUUUUAAGAUGCACGGCCUGAAUUAUAUUUAAAAACUGAUUCAUUGUGCAGUCAGGAAAUUGAUGCUUGCAUGCGCAGUGGUGGGUGCAACGUAUUGCGUUUUAAGGUAGUGAGGUAAUGAGCACAAGAACUGCUGCAGCAUCACUGACCUGUUUAUGCACAGUCCUCCACUUGCUUGAACUAUGUCUGCAGCUUUGUAAUGCUGGUCAUCCUUCCCACCUGGUUUUCUCCAAGGAGUUCAAAGGUAGCAGGGAGAAGCCUGAAUUUCUCCAACAGUUAAGGUACGUAGCAUCUAGGAACUUCUGCAGCUUAGUUAUACAAAAGCGUUAUCAAAUUCUUGGAAUACAGAAGGCAAAGGUCACAGCUGUAUUUCCUCAUUUAGUGUUUGCAUUAGAUACUGUGCAAAGAUGAUACUGGAAGCCACCUAAUGAGGAUUGUUGUUUUAUAUUAACCUCACCCUCCUGGUCCUGUGAUUCACUACUUUCAAACUACUCAGAGCAAGAAUUGGUAGUUUAACAAAAGCUAUGUGGCAACACGACUAUCCCGCUGUCAUCUGCCUCUUAUUUCCGUUGUGGUAUAUGGCCUCCUCCCAUCUGGUACCACGUCCAUCAGCCUGUAACCUUGAAGUCUGUGCAUAUUUUAUCACAGCUGGCAAAUGUGCAGGGCAAGUUAUUACUGUUUCUGCGUGGGGCUGAAAAGGACAAGAGAAUACCCGCAGAGAGCCUAGGUGCUAUAAACCCAAGGCUGCAGGGAAGCAGCUGCUGGUUUUCGUUAGGUUCUGGUCUAGGUGGAGCCUCAAGAGAGACACUCAGAUUACACAGAGCCCAGCAGCGGCACAGGUCCGUGCUGAACUGUGUUCAGUUCCUUAAGGCAGCUGCCACCUAUUUAUAAACAGCUGGAAGGCAUUUAUAAACUCAGUUAGUUUUGAGCUACUAGCACCUCUAAAGUCCCACAAAUCUAAGCAAUCAGUUAAUAAGUAUUAAGAUUACAGGAGGCCUGGCAGCAUUGCUUCAAAGUAGAGAAUAAUCACUUCAUUGCAGUCACAGCAGGACAUACUACAGUGCUUUUCACCUACGAUGUUUACGAUGAGGCUGCAGCUGACACUGAUAAUAGCUGUACAGCCAUUUAAACGUGCAUAUGGUUAUUGUAAUACGUUUGGGGGGUUGUGGUGGGUAGGGUUUUUUAGUAAACCUAGUUUUGUUGUUUAGUUUUCUUUUCAACCAAAAUCUUGAAGAGAAGUGAAGACACUUUCAGGCAGAUGCAUCAGCUCUUACCAGUCACAGCGAAGUCAUAUGUUUAGAUGAGUGGCAGAACUGAAAAACCCAGCCCUGGGCUCGUGCUGUCUUUGGGACAGGAGCAGGCUGCUCCUCUCGCAUGACAAACCUAAAGGUAAAGCAGUGUAAGAUCCGCAGGCAAGAGGUGCAAAGCCAUCCUUCAUUGUCUCCGCAACUCAGGGGGCAUUCCAAGCAUCACCGCAUCAUGUGCUGUUGGAUGUGUCUUCUUGAACUAGCAUUUAAAGGUCAAACCAUCCCCUAAAUUGAUUGGCAAGUGUCUUUAAAGUAGCUUUUUAAAGCUGUUUAAAAGUUGCAGUAAAUUCCAGGUAAUUAAAUACUGUAAAAAGCAGUUUGUAAAGGCAAGUCAAUGUCACAAGUUGGAGGCCUAGCAGAGGUGCAUUAGCUAUGUAACCUCUAAGCAAGUCUCAUCUCGCUGUAAUGUGCUCUGUGCUCAAGCAUUAUGUUGAAAUGCUGAGGGGAUGCUUUUGAUCUUAAAAGCUAUAUCAUAAAAAACCCCCAAAAGCAGUACAACCCCAUGCUGCAGCAAGGCAAGAUGGGAGUGUGGUGCUGUAACUUAAACUUGGUUCAAAACCAAUUUCAGUUUAGUGUUUGGGAAACACCAAGAUGGAGGAAAAUUUUAUCUUGCACAAGGAAUAAGUCAUCUAUUAAAGCAAACAAGGAGACAACCUCGCUGGCCUGAAGUGCUCCAGGAUUAUCUUGUUUCUACGCCAAUUUAAAAGCUCAGCUAGAUCCUCCCAUAGUAAAAAGGGUGGGAAGAAAAUAGUGACAGUUACACAGGGGUCAGGUCAACACAGACGGUGCUCUAAUAAAGCUCAGUGUUCAUCUGUACUUUAGUAAAGUUUUAUUAAUAAAAGACUAACACAUCACACUCA